AAUAAUGCUUUGCAAUUUCAGCAGUCUACUACACAUUAAUUAUCCCAAUAAAUAUUUCACAACAACAAUGGAUGAGUCAGUUAGAAAAAAAAAUCAUUCCAAAAUGCAAUUAGUUUCUGAUAUAAUAAAGGAUAGAAGAAGAUUUACAACUCCCGCUGACAUUAAUGCUAAUUAAAAGAACACGUUAGGUAGAGAAAUAUAGGAUCAAAACAUUCUGCAGGUAUUCGCCGAAAAUGAAACCCAGAAUAAUCCAUCUUUUACCUGGAAAAGUAGAAAGAAGUAGUAUUCUUUUUAUUUUCGGUAGGUGGCGUUUUUCAUGGCACGUGGUCAAAACUCUGUAACACAGUUAAAUGCAACUAAAAAUCAGGUAAGGCUCUGUUGUUAUUUCAUAUGUUAUCGUCUGCUAUUAAGCGAGCAUGGGUGAUUCUUCCGAACAUACUAGGACUACUGAUUUCUGGAGAAGGCCUCAUACCGAAGAAUUGGUGGAUGUGCACGUGUACCUUGUCCCAUCAGAAAAAUGGAUCGAACAACGUAAACUAGCUAAAAGGGAUGUUAUCGAUCAAGCUGUUUCAUCUGGUUUCGUCAGAGUUCUGCCGUCAACCACUCUUCUAGAGCUGCGGAGUGAAAUCAGUACGCAAUUGGGAUCGGAAAAUGUUCCAGAAGCUUUUGUGUUUUUGCGCAGUGUGGGAAGAAAUUUUACUCAAGUAAGAUGUAAGCAAGAAUUGGAACUAAAAAUCAAAAGUUUCUUACCACCUUACGCAGAAGAACCAGAAGUUUACCUAAAAGAAGGUGACUACACUGCCGUUCGAAGUGCGUCUCUUAGCGUCCUAUCCAGAAACACACUGUUCAAUAAUUCAGAUUCACCUACAGAAUAUCCUACAUCAUCUGAAUCAUUUAGUGAAAGCCAAGGGGGAAAUAUUAUUUCAACAGUUAAUCAGAAACCGCGAACGCUUAGUUUGGACAGGAUUGAAAAAAGAAACGCAAUGUCUUCUGUCAAGUCAACUCCAACUCAACUAAACUUACAAAGACUUAGGCAGAGGAACACUCGUCCACCAACACCAAGAGUAAAGGAAAGAUCGUUCGGAAAGUCUUCUUCUAAAUAUAGGUCCACCUCAAUCAACUCUAUGAAACUGAAUGAAUCAAUUCGAGAGAGUCCAACAGAACUAGUCGAAGAAAGAGCGAGCAAAAAUGAAACAUUAGAUGUGGAAAAGGAAUCGGAAAGAAUUGUCAACAGUCCGCCUCCAAGACCACCAAGCGAAACUUCAAAGGCAAAUAAAGAUGUUAGUAUAACAGUACCCACGCCAACUCCAGAUUUAGGUAAGAUUACUGUCUUGUCGGAUAACUUAAGUGAGAAUCAUAUCAAUUCAGAGACUGUUCCAGAAAGUACCGAAAACCAACAAAACGACGAAAUUGACUCUCUUAAAGAGUCCGAAACGAAUGUAGAGAACAUUCAAAAUAUUCCAAAGAACUUAAGUAGCGAAACCAUUACAGAUGACCAAGAACAUUCUUACAAAGAAUGUCCAUGCGAUAACAAUGACGUUAUAGACCAGCUUUUGAGGGAUAAUGUCUGUGAGCACGAUUCCGCAAGAAGCCAGUUUUCAUUUGAUGAUAGUAUUCAAUCUAAAAUGGGAAAUGAGGACAUCAUAAUGGAUCCCAUCAAACUUCUUCAAGGAGAAGGAGAUUCUUUGAAAAAUUCGGAGGAAAAUACAAGAGACCAUUUUGAUGAAGGCUUCCACAGCGGCGAACUUGUUGCCUCGGAAGAAGACAGCAACAGCAUCGACACACUUGGAAGCUCUGACGUGAAAAAUGAAGAGGAUCUUGCAAAGCCCUUAUUAAGAGCUGCCACGCCAAUGCCUAGAAGUUCCAGUUUUUACAAAUCAGCUAAACUUGAUCCUGAAAGUAAGAUGGACGGAAGAUCCAUAACUAGCAUGAUUGCAUAAAUCUAAGCAACGUGAAAAAGAGUACAAAUAAGGACAUAUAA